UAGCCUAAACAUUAUGAUGCUCCGGACCUUUGCUUGAGGAAAUUUUCCGUAACUGGACCUCGCUGAAGAUUAAUUGAAUAUCCCUGGCCUAAACGAUAUCGACCUGUCCUGUUUGGUCAAUAAAACUGAUAGACUUUAUAGUCAUGAACACUGAUGUUGAUGUUUAACAGUAACCCUCUAUUUACCUAGGGACCAACGUGGUCGCAAUGCACUACAUUUGGUCAUCACUCACUGGCCAAACAUUGUGCCAGCUUGGCCCAUGCCCCGUUCAAAGUUUCGGCUAACCAUGGAGACCAUGCAGCAACGGGCUGAGGACUGCCUGCGGGUGCUCUGUGAACAUGGUGUGGAUCUGAACGCCCGGGUCAGCAACGAUAGCCAGCAAACUGCCCUCCAUCUUGCUGUGCUGUAUGGUGCCGUUCCUGCAGUGGGCAUGCUGGCUAGCUGUGGUGCCAAUGUCAACCUUGCGGACAUGAUUGGCAUGAUUCCACUGCAAAUGGCAGCAGGUGUCCUCCACACCGACAUCACCACCUGUCUCAUUGAGCAUGGUGCAGAUGUUAACAGAGCAGUAGAGUCAUCUGGUAAGAGCCCACUGCACCUGGCUGUACGGGCUGAGGCCAGCAGCUUUGCAGACACCCAGAGCAACAGCCUUAGCUGUGUUAGUGCAUUACUAGAGGGUGGUGUGAAGCCAGAUGCAGUGAACCUCGAAGGUCGGACACCUCUCCACGAGGCCUGCAGUGUGGGCAGGGAAGUGGUGGUGGACGCCCUCCUCCGUUAUGGUGCAGAUAUCAACAAGCUGUCCACACGUGGAGAGACCUGCCUGUUCCUUUUCCUGGAGCACAAGCCAAACCUGAGCAACACACGACUGCUGAGAAAACUUCUCUACCUCACCUUGCCCUUAAAACUAACCAACUCUCAAGAUCUCCUCCCCAGAUGCCUGGAGCUGCCUGAGUAUGCCCAGCAGAGAUGUCAAUUGAUGCAUUUUGCAACACAGCCUCGUGACUUGCAGAGCCUCUGUAAGAUCAGAAUAUACCAACUCUAUGGGGAGGAUGACAAACCCACACUCAGUGAGUUGCUGCCUUCAAAAACAAUUGACUUCAUCUUUGACUACUGGGAAAGCCCACUUGAAAUAGACUUUAACAAGAAUGAUUAAAGUCCACUGCCUCGUU